CAGAAAUUUGCGGCACACGUUGUGCAUCGUCAUUUAUUCAUUCGAAUCGAUCACUCUAACUUUUGUUAUAACGUACGUAGCAAUUAGAGUGUAGUACAGUACACCCAAUCCUGUUUUAGACGGUUAUGUUCCAAAAAAAAUCCGUGUAAGAAAAAACAUCAUGUACACAUGUACAUAGAAAAAUAGGGCAUUUUUACCGUAUCGUGAAAAUCUGUAAAAACAGUUAGGAUAAAAGGAUUCAUACACAAAAAGUGUAUGUAUUAAGAGUGUUUAUGGAAAGCCAAAUUUGAUUUGUGCAGUUUACUUUAUAAAAACAAAAGGUAAUUCAAUGUUAAAGUAAAAUGUAAAUUAAUAAUCAAAGACAGCAUAACUUUAUUCGCUGUUAUCAAUUUCUUAACCAUGCCAAGUCGAAUGAAAUCGUGUAAAAAGAAAAUUCAAUUUGUUUUUCUAAACCGUGUAAAAAUAGAAUUAGGUGUGAUUUUAAUGGAGCACUAAAUCGAUCGAAACAGUUUACUACGAUCGAUUGUUGCGUGGAGAGCGAUCGUCGAGAGUUGCGAUUAAAUCGGUUAAAAAAUUAUUUAAUUUAGUUGAAUUAUGAAAUCGGUAAAAAAAACACCGGGUAGUAAAGAGACGAGAAACAAUGGAAGUUUGUGGAAAAAGGACGGUUGAUAGACGUACAAUGUCAAUUCCUGGAAUGUGAAAAUUGACAAGUAUCUGUCGGAGGCUUAUGCAUAUUUGACGUAGAAAGUUUCGUGGACAUUCGAACCGUGACAAUGAGUAAUCAUGGGUCUUCGUCGAGGAGCAAUGUUUCUAAUCAUGAAAUACCUACGGCCAACAUCGAGGAGGCAUUAAACUCGCAAGGUUCCCUAGAUAGGGACGCUAAGAGCCUGAAACUAUCUGCCGCGAGUAGCAUAACCAAGAAGAUCAGAUCAAGGAUCCUUGGUUUCUCAUUCGUGAAGCGUUUUAUACGAUCGAAGUCCGACAUUAGGUCCUCGAAGGGAACAGAAGAAUGUUCUUCAGAGAUCAUCGAGAGUGUGAGCAGCUUAUUAAAUCAUUCGGUAUUGGAUGCAGUCAGUGCGAGCACUAUCAGCGAGCAAAAUCUAUUGGAGGAUGAAUCCAGCGAAAGGAUAGAAAACCGUAGCGACAACCAUAUGGUCGAACCGGAGUGGUACGAUGCCGGUUGUAACCCAUCCAUUGAUUUCACGGUGUUUGAGUCCGAAGAACCUUCCGCGUCGAACGCAGACGGUGAAGAUCAGACUAGGACAGAACUUAUUCACGGUGAGACUUCUUCGGUGCCCCAAACCCAGCCUGAAACGGUCUCGAACUCUAUGAACACGUCCGAAACAAUGACGACGGAAGGAGUUCUUAUGAACGAUUUAACCCGGAGCGCCCUUGUCACGAGGAACAUAAUAGAAUUCACGGGAGCCUUGUCGGAACUGUUAGGUAUCCAGACAGGAAGAAUUAGGGACGAAGAUCCUCGAAGAUCCUUCCUGUUGAUCGAGAACAGACCUCGCCGGCAGUUUUAUACCGACGAUCCUACGAACGGUGAAAGCGGAUUGACUAGAUCAAGUACUAUAGGGAGCGAAAUUAGCAGUAUAUCUGGGAACGAGCCGCCGCAAAUGCAGACUCGAAAUCGGAGAGUAGGACAAGACCUGAUGCCGCAGUAUUAUCCUGACGUGUUCAUGGAUAUCUCCAUGGAUCUGUCCAUGAAUAUGGUAAUGAGUAAACCACUUUUCCCCCAAGAUGAUGAACCGUUAAUAUACUAAUCACUAUUCUGUCAAGUAUGAAACACUGUACUUGACUAUAUCAAUAAAUUAUUGGGAACAACAUGUUUGAAUUUAAAAUGUACGAAGUCGAACGAGUGUUAAUGAAAUAAAAGGUUAGAUGGUGUGCUAACCAUUUGCAUUCUAA